AGAGCCGCCUCCGCGCGCUGGGGCCCGGCCACUCGGAGCUGCUCCGCCGCGGGGACCGCACCGCCGCCUGCCCGGACCCGCCCCGACCCGGGAGUCCCUGCCGCCCCUAGCCCGGCCGGCAGCCUCCCCCCCGGCAGACCUGCCCCCGUCGCCAGCCUGUGCCAGUCGGGCAUGGCUGUGACCUGGGGCUGAGCUUACAGGCUAAGGAGGUGGGAAGGAGAUUCCCGAAGAGUGAGAGGAAGAAGAGAAAGAGGAAAAGCAGAAGGAGGGGCGGGUUCCUGGCAAGGCUUUCGCUCCCAAAUAAAUUUCUGUAAAAGAUGGAGAAGGAAGAAGAGCCCACAAGGGAGCUGCUCUUGCCCAACUGGCAGGGCAGUGGUUCUCAUGGUCUAACCAUUGAGCAGACAGAUGAUGGCGUCUUUGUGCAGCAAGUCGUACAGAAUUCCCCUGCGGCACGCACUGGCGUGGUCAAGGAAGGGGACCAGAUUGUGGGGGCCACCAUCUACUUUGACAAUCUGCAAUCGGGUGAGGUGACACAGCUUCUGAAUACCAUGGGGCAUCACACAGUGGGCCUGAAGCUGCACCGCAAGGGAGACCGCUCCCCAGAGCCCGGUCAGACCUGGUCCCACGACAGCGCCUUCGGACGAUGUUCUGAGGUAGUGCUGAGCGGGGAUGAUGAGGAAUACCAGAGGAUCUACACCACGAAAAUCAAGCCGCGGCUGAAGUCGGAGGACGGGCUGGAGGGGGUCGAGCUUGGGGAGACCCAGAGCCGCACCAUCACAGUGACCAGAAAGGUCACGGCCUACACGGUGGAUGUGACGGGCCGAGAGGGGGCCAGGGAGAUCGACAUCAACAGCCCCGAAUUCAAGAUCAAGAUUCCAAAGCACGAGCUGACGGAGCUCUCCAAGGUGGACGUGGAAACCGCUCACGGGAAGACCGUCAUUCGAUUGCCGCAAAGCCCCGGGGCCGCCGUUCAGACCACAGGCUACAGCGUUGACUUUAGGGCGACUGGACCGGAGCUCCAAGGGCCGGGGGCGGCCGGGGCCGGCCACUCCAAGGUCCAGGUCACCACGCCGGGGAUCCAAGUGGAAGGCCUGGCGGCCGGCAGUGUCGGCAAGGGCCUGAAGGUGGAAGGAAAGCCUGAAGUCUCUGUUCAUACCAAAGGCUCUGCUUCCGUUGACUUGGGAAGCAAAGGAGGAGCCGGCGCUGGCUCUGGGAUCCGGGUUCCUGGAAUCGAUGCCUCGGCUUCUCUGGGAGGCGGGACUGUCGAUGUCCAGCGCCCGUCCAUCGAUAACAUCACCAUUCCCACCAUGAAGCUACCCAAGUUUGGCUUCUCGGGAGCGGGGCCUGAGGUCCAGGGCCCGGAGGUCGGCCUGGGUGUUUGCUCCCCAGGCGUCUCCGUGGGUCCCGGGGGCGACGGCUCGGGCGUGGCAGUGAGCGGGAGCAUCCAGGGGCCGAAGCUGGACGUCACGGCUCCGUCCGUCCAUGUUGAGGGAGUCGAAGGAAAGCUGAAGGGUCCCACGAUCACGACCCCGACCCUGGGGGGUGACUUUGGUCCCAAAGGCGCCAAGCUUCCAGGGGCUGGAGGCGUGGACGUCUCGGUAUCCAAGGGGCAGAUCGGCAUCAAAGGCCCUGCUGUGGACCUUGGAGCUCCAGAAAUCGACCCUCAUGGGGGCGGUGGAAAACUGAAAAUGCCCCAGAUGAAAGUCCCCAAGUUUUCUGUGUCUGGUUCCAAAGGGGAAGGAGCGGCUGUGGAUGUAAAACUGCCCGAGGGAGAAGUGAACCUGCCCACUGUCACGGGGAACGUCAGCCUGCCGGAGGUGGCCGUCGGUGGGCUAGAAGGCAAAAUCAAAGACCCUAAAGUCAAGAGCCCAGAGAUGAUCAUUCAGAAACCUAAAAUCUCCAUGCAGGAUGUAGACCUAAGCCUCAGGUCCCCCAAAUUGAAAGGGGAUAUAAAGGUUUCGGGUCCAGGAAUACAAGGGGAUGUAAAAGGUCCUCAGAUAGCCAUGAAAGAACCCACAGUGGACAUCAAGGGACCCGGCCUGGAGGGAUCCCUGACCGGGCCCAAGGUUGGCAUCCCAUCUGGGAAAACGGGGGCCUGCAAAAUCAGUAUGACUGACGUUGAUUUGAACGUAGCUGCCCCCAAGAUAAAGGGUCAGGUGGACCUCCCGAAGUUCGAAGGGCAAGUCAAAGGCCCUGAGAUGGACAUCAAAGGCCCCAAAGUGGAGGUUGCUGCUCCGGAUGUGGACGUCCACGGACCCGAGUGGAACCUCAAGAUGCCCAAGAUGAAGAUGCCCAAGUUUAGCGUGCCGGGGAUCAAGGGGGAAGGGCCGGAGGUCAAGGGAGACAUCAGCGUUUCAGGGCCCAGUAUUGACAUUGCAGCCCCACAGGUCAACCUCGAAGGCCCAGAGGGAAAACAAGGGCCUGGCAUCAAGGCGCCGGAGGUGAAUAUCAAAACCCCAAAGAUCUCCAUGCCCGAUGUCGAUCUGCAUCUGAAAGGCACAAAGGUGAAGGGAGAAUAUGAUGUCACAGUUCCAAAGCUGGAAGGGGACCUGAAAGGCCCCAAGGUGGAUGUCAGUGCCCCAGAUGUGGAGCUCCACGGGCCCGAGUGGAACCUCAAGAUGCCCAAGAUGAAGAUGCCCAAGUUCAGCAUGCCGGGGUUCAAGGGGGAAGGCCCGGAGGUGGACGUCAACCUGCCCAAAGCAGAUGUCGAAAUCUCAGGCCCCAAGGUGAACGUUGAUGUUCCAGAUGUGGACAUUGAGGGCCCAGAAGGGAAAGUCAAGGGUCCCAAGUUUAAGAUGCCUGAGAUGAACAUCAAGACCCCAAAGAUUUCCAUGCCAGACUUCCAUUUGAAGGGCCCCAAAGUGAAGGGAGAAUAUGAUGUGACCCCUCCCAAAGUAGAAGGUGAAGUCAAAGUUCCAGAUGUGGAGCUAAAAGGGGCCAAAGUGGAUGUCAGCGCCCCAGAUGUGGAGCUCCACGGGCCCGAGUGGAACCUGAAGAUGCCCAAGGUGAAGAUGCCCAAGUUCAGCAUGCCGGGGUUCAAAGGGGAGGGUCCAGAGGUCGAUGUGAGCCUGCCCAAAGCAGACAUUGACGUUUCUGGGCCCAAGGUGGACAUUGAUGUUCCAGAUGUGAAUAUUGAAGGGCCAGAAGGGAAAGUCAAAGGUCCUAAAUUUAAGAUGCCUGAGAUGAACAUCAAGGCCCCAAAGAUUUCUAUGCCAGAUAUGGAUUUGCAUUUGAAAGGACCCAAAGUGAAGGGGGAAUAUGAUGUGUCAGUUCCCAAACUGGAAGGGGACCUGAAAGGCCCCAAAGUGGACGUCAGUGCUCCAGAUGUGGACGUCCACGGGCCCGAGUGGAACCUCAAGAUGCCCAAGGUGAAGAUGCCCAAGUUCAGCAUGCCGGGGUUCAAGGGAGAGGGCCCGGAGGUGGACGUGAGCCUGCCCAAAGCAGAUGUUGACAUUUCUGGGCCCAAGGUGGACAUUGAUGUUCCAGAUGUGGACAUUGAGGGUCCAGAAGGGAAACUGAAAGGCCCCAAGUUCAAGAUGCCCGACAUGCACUUCAAGGCCCCCAAGAUCUCUAUGCCGGAUGUUGACCUGAAUCUCAAAGGCCCCAAACUCAAAGGGGAUGUCGAUGUGUCUGUGCCCAAGAUCGAAGGUGAUGUGAAGGUUCCUGAUGUGGACAUCAAGGGCCCCAAAGUGGACGUCAACGUCCCAGAUGUGGACGUCCAUGGGCCCGAGUGGAAUUUGAAGAUGCCCAAGAUGAAGAUGCCCAAGUUCAGCAUGCCGGGGUUCAAGGGCGAGGGCCCAGAGGUGGACGUGAGCCUGCCCAAAGCAGAUGUUGACAUUUCAGGGCCCAAGGUGGACAUUGAUGUUCCAGAUGUGAACAUUGAAGGCCCAGAAGGGAAACUGAAGGGCCCCAAGUUCAAGAUGCCCGACAUGCACUUCAAGGCCCCCAAGAUCUCCAUGCCAGAUGUUGACCUGCAUUUGAGAGGUCCCAAAGUGAAGGGAGACAUGGAUGUCGAUGUGUCUGUGCCCAAGUUAGAAGGUGACGUGAAGGUUCCUGAUGUGGACAUUAAGGGGCCCAAGGUGGACGUCAGCGCCCCAGAUGUGGACGUCCACGGGCCUGAGUGGAACUUGAAGAUGCCCAAGAUGAAGAUGCCCAAGUUCAGCAUGCCGGGGUUCAAGGGAGAGGGCCCGGAGGUGGACGUGAGCCUGCCCAAAGCAGAUGUCGACAUCUCAGGCCCCAAGGUGAACGUUGAUGUUCCAGAUGUGGACAUUGAGGGUCCAGAAGGGAAACUGAAAGGCCCCAAGUUCAAGAUGCCUGACAUGCACUUCAAGGCUCCCAAGAUCUCCAUGCCAGAUGUUGACCUGAAUCUCAAAGGCCCCAAACUCAAAGGGGAUGUGGAUGUGUCUGUGCCCAAGAUCGAAGGUGAUGUGAAGGUUCCUGAUGUGAACAUCAAGGGCCCCAAGGUGGACGUCAGCGCCCCAGAUGUGGACGUCCACGGGCCCGAGUGGAACCUCAAGAUGCCCAAGGUGAAGAUGCCCAAGUUCAGCAUGCCGGGGUUCAAGGGAGAGGGUCCAGACGUGGAUGUGAGCCUGCCCAAAGCAGAUGUUGACAUUUCUGGGCCCAAGGUGGACAUUAAAGCACCAGAUGUGAACAUUGAAGGCCCAGAUGCAAAAUUCAAAAGUCCUAAAUUCAAGCUGCCCGAGAUGAACAUAAAGCCUCAGAAGAUCUCCAUGCCAGAUGUUGACCUGAAUCUGAAGGGCCCCAAACUGAAAGGCGAUGUGGAAAUCUCCGGGCCGAAGCUGGAAGGAGAUCUGAAAGGCCCCAAGUUCAAGAUGCCCGAGAUGAACAUCAAGGGCCCCAAGGUGGACAUCAGCGCCCCAGAUGUGGACGUCCACGGGCCAGACUGGCAUUUGAAGAUGCCCAAGAUGAAGAUGCCCAAGUUCAGCAUGCCGGGGUUCAAGGGCGAGGGCCCGGAAGUGGACGUGAACCUGCCCAAAGGGGACAUUAAUAUCUCAGGCCCCAAGGUGGACAUUGAGGCUCCAGAUGUGAAUCUAGAAGGUCCAGAAGGAAAGAUCAAAGGCUCCAAAUUCAAGAUGCCCAGCAUGAACAUCCAGACACAUAAAAUCUCCAUGCCUGAUGUUGGACUCAAUUUGAAAUCCCCUAAAUUAAAAGGUGACCUGGAUGUUUCUCUCCCCAAAGUAGAAGGAGACCUGACAGGUCCUAAAGUGGACUUAAAAGCUCCCAAGGUGGAUGUGGACAUUGGAGAUGUUGAUCUCGAAGGCCCAGAAGGAAAGAUCAAAGGCCCCAAGUUCAAGAUGCCCGACAUGCAUUUCAAGGCCCCCAAGAUCUCCAUGCCAGACGUGGACCUACAUUUGAAAGGCCCCAAGUUGAAAGGGGACGUCGAUGUGUCUGUGCCCAAGAUCGAAGGUGAUGUGAAGGUUCCUGAUGUGGACAUUAAGGGGCCCAAGUUGGACAUCAAUGCCCCAGAUGUGGACGUCCACGGGCCCGAGUGGAACCUCAAGAUGCCCAAGAUGAAGAUGCCCAAGUUCAGCAUGCCGGGAUUCAAGGGAGAGGGUCCAGACGUGGACGUGAGCCUGCCCAAAGCAGAUAUUGACAUUUCUGGGCCCAAGGUGGACAUUGAGGCUCCAGAUGUGGACAUCGAGGGGCCAGAAGGGAAACUGAAGGGCCCCAAGUUCAAGAUGCCCGACAUGCACUUCAAGGCCCCCAAGAUCUCCAUGCCAGAUGUUGACUUGCAUUUGAAAGGCCCCAAACUCAAAGGGGAUGUGGAUGUGUCUGUGCCCAAGAUAGAAGGUGAAGUGAAAGUUCCAGAUGUGGACCUCAAAGGCCCCAAGGUGGACGUCAGUGCCCCAGAUGUGGACGUCCAUGGGCCAGACUGGAACCUGAAGAUGCCCAAGAUGAAGAUGCCCAAGUUCAGCAUGCCGGGGUUCAAGGGCGAGGGCCCGGAGGUGGAUGUGAACCUGCCCAAAGCAGAUAUCGACAUCUCAGGCCCUAAAGUGGACAUUGAUGUUCCAGAUGUGGACAUUGAGGGCCCAGAAGGGAAACUGAAGGGCCCCAAGUUCAAGAUGCCCGACAUGCACAUCAAGGCCCCCAAGAUCUCCAUGCCCGAUAUUGAUCUGAACCUGAAGGGGCCAAAGCUGAAGGGAGAUGUGGAUGUGUCCCUUCCCAAGGUGGAAGGGGACCUGAAAGGCCCCGAGCUUGACAUCAAGGGCCCCAAAGUGGACAUCAGCGCCCCAGAUGUGGACGUCCACGGGCCAGACUGGAACCUGAAAAUGCCCAAGGUGAAGAUGCCCAAGUUCAGCAUGCCGGGGUUCAAGGGCGAGGGCCCAGAGGUGGACGUGAACCUGCCUAAAGCAGAUAUUGACAUUUCAGGCCCCAAAGUGGACAUUGAGGCCCCUGACCUAAGUAUCGAAGGUCCUGAAGGGAAACUGAAGGGCCCCAAGUUCAAGAUGCCCGAGAUGAACAUCAAGGCCCCCAAGAUCUCCAUGCCCGAUUUUGACUUGCAUCUGAAAGGCCCCAAAGUUAAAGGAGACGUGGAUGUGUCUGUGCCCAAGAUAGAAGGUGAAGUGAAAGUUCCAGAUGUGGACAUCAAAGGCCCCAAAGUGGACAUUGAGGCCCCAGAUGUGGACGUCCAUGGCCCAGAGUGGAAUCUGAAGAUGCCCAAGAUGAAAAUGCCCAAGUUCAGUAUGCCAGGGUUCAAGGGAGAGGGUCCAGACGUGGAUGUGAACCUGCCCAAAGCAGAUGUUGACAUUUCUGGGCCCAAGGUGGACAUCGAGGGGCCUGAUGUGGACUUGGAGUGCCCGGAUGCCAAACUGAAGGGCCCCAAGUUCAAGAUGCCCGAGAUGAACAUAAAGCCUCAGAAGAUCUCCAUGCCAGAUGUGGAUUUCAACUUGAAGGGCCCUAAGAUCAAAGGAGAUGUGGAUGUGUCUGUUCCUAAAAUAGAAGGUGAAGUGAAAGUUCCAGAUGUGGACCUCAAAGGCCCCAAGGUGGACAUUGAGGCUCCAGAUGUGGACAUCAAAGGCCCCAAAGUGGACAUUGAGGCUCCAGAUGUGGACCUCAAAGGCCCCAAGUUCAAGAUGCCCGACAUGCACUUCAAGGCCCCCAAGAUCUCCAUGCCAGAUGUGGAUUUCAACUUGAAGGGCCCUAAGAUCAAAGGAGAUGUGGAUGUCUCUGCUCCCAAAAUAGAAGGCCCAGAAUUGGAUGUUAAAGGGCCCAAAUUGGAUGUUGAUAUGCCAGAUGUGAAUGUCGAAGGACCUGAAGGCAAGUGGAAAAGUCCAAAAUUUAAGAUGCCUGACAUGCACUUCAAGGCCCCCAAGAUCUCCAUGCCAGAUGUGGACUUGCAUUUGAAAGGUCCCAAAAUAAAGGGAGAUAUGGAUGUGGAUGUGUCUGUGCCCAAGAUAGAAGGUGAGGUGAAGGUACCAGAUGUUGACCUCAAGGGCCCCAAGGUGGAUGUCAGCGCCCCAGAUGUGGACGUCCAUGGCCCAGAGUGGAAUCUGAAGAUGCCCAAGAUGAAGAUGCCCAAGUUCAGCAUGCCAGGGUUCAAGGGAGAAGGUCCAGAUGUGGAUGUGAGCCUGCCCAAAGCAGACAUCGACAUCUCUGGACCCAAAUUGGACAUUGAGGCCCCUGAUAUUAACAUUGAGGGUCCAGAUGCAAAAGUGAAAGGCCCCAAGUUUAAAAUGCCCGAGAUGAAUAUUAAGGCUCCGAAGAUCUCAAUGCCAGACUUGGAUCUCAAUCUCAAGGGUCCGAAAAUAAAAGGCGAUGUCGAUGUGACCCUUCCAAAAGUAGAGGGUGACUUGAAAGGGCCAUCUCUUGACCUCAAAGGCCCCAAGCUGGACAUCGAUGCCCCAAAUAUUGACAUCCAUGGCAAGCCCAAACUCAAAAUGCCCGACAUGCAUGUCAACAUGCCCAAGAUUUCCAUGCCAGAGAUCGAUCUGAAUUUGAAAGGCUCCAAAAUCAAAGGAGAUGUUGAUGUUUCUGCCCCCAAAUUAGAAGGUGACAUCAAAGGUCCCAAAGUGGACAUAAAGGGCCCAGAGCUUGACAUCGCAGCCCCUAAAGUCAACAUUGAGGGCAAGUCUAAGAAAUCCCGUUUCAAGCUUCCCAAGUUUCACUUCUCAGGCCCCAAAGUGCAAACCCCAGAGGUGGAUGCCAAACUCAAAAAGCCCGAUGUCGACAUUACGGGCCCCAAGGUGGAUAUCAAUGCCCCUGAUGUGGAAGUGCAGGGCAAAGCAAAAGGCCCGAAGUUCAAAAUGCCCUUCCUGAGCAUCUCCUCGCCCAAGGUCUCUAUGCCCGAUGUAGAAUUAAACCUGAAAAGCCCCAAAGUGAAGGGAGACCUGGAUGUUGCAGGCCCAACUUUGGAAGGGGAUCUGAAAGGUCCUAAAAUAGAUCUCAAGGCACCGGACGUUCAUCUUGAAGCACCUGAUGUGGACGUCCACGGGCCAGACUUUAAUGUGAAGAUGCCCAAGAUGAAGAUGCCCAAGUUCAGCAUGCCGGGGUUCAAGGGCGAGGGCCCGGAGGUGGACGUGAACCUGCCCAAAGCAGACAUCGACAUCUCAGGCCCCAAGGUGGACAUCGAGGCUCCUGAUGUGAAUCUAGAGGGCCCCGAGGGGAAGAUCAAGGGCCCCAAGUUCAAGAUGCCCGAGAUGAACAUCAAGGCCCCCAAGAUCUCCAUGCCCGACUUUGACUUGCAUCUGAAAGGCCCCAAAGUGAAGGGAGAUGUGGAUGUUUCCCUGCCCAAAGUGGAAGGUGACCUAAAGGGCCCUGAGAUAGAUAUCAAAGGCCCCAAAGUGGACAUCGAUGUUCCAGAUGUGGACAUUGAGGGCCCAGAAGGGAAACUGAAGGGCCCCAAGUUCAAGAUGCCCGACAUGCACAUCAAGGCCCCCAAGAUCUCCAUGCCCGAUAUUGAUCUGAACCUGAAGGGGCCAAAGCUGAAGGGAGAUGUGGAUGUGUCCCUUCCCAAGGUGGAAGGGGACCUGAAAGGCCCCGAGUUUGACAUCAAGGGCCCCAAAGUAGACGUCAGUGCCCCAGAUGUGGACGUCCACGGGCCAGACUGGAACCUGAAGAUGCCCAAGGUGAAGAUGCCCAAGUUCAGCAUGCCGGGGUUCAAGGGGGAGGGCCCGGAGGUGGACGUGAACCUGCCCAAAGCAGACAUCGACAUCUCAGGCCCCAAGGUGGACAUUGAUGUUCCAGAUGUGAACCUAGAGGGCCCCGAGGGGAAGAUCAAAGGCCCUAAGUUCAAGAUGCCCGAGAUGAACAUCAAGGCCCCCAAGAUCUCCAUGCCCGAUUUUGACUUGCAUCUGAAAGGCCCCAAAGUGAAGGGAGAUGUGGAUGUGUCUGUGCCCAAGAUUGAAGGUGAAGUGAAAGUUCCAGAUGUGGACAUCAAGGGCCCCAAAGUGGACAUCGAGGCCCCAGAUGUGGACGUCCAUGGCCCAGACUGGAACCUGAAGAUGCCCAAGAUGAAGAUGCCCAAGUUCAGCAUGCCGGGGUUCAAGGGCGAGGGCCCGGAGGUGGACGUGAGCCUGCCCAAAGCAGACAUUGACAUCUCUGGACCUAAAGUGGACAUUGAUACUCCUAACUUGGAAAUUGAAGGUCCAGAUGGGAAAAUAAAAGGGCCCAAGUUUAAAAUGCCCGACAUGCACAUCAAGGCCCCCAAGAUCUCUAUGCCUGACUUUGACUUGAACCUGAAGGGCCCCAAGAUGAAGGGAGACAUUGAUGUGUCUCUUCCCAAAGUGGAAGGUGAUCUGAAAGGGCCUCAAGUGGAUAUCAAAGGCCCUAAAUUGGACAUAGAUACACCUGACCUUGACAUUCAUGGCCCAGAAGGAAAGCUGAAGGGCCCCAAAUUCAAAAUGCCUGACCUGCAUCUCAAGGCCCCCAAGAUCUCCAUGCCCGAUAUUGAUCUGAACCUGAAGGGGCCAAAGCUGAAGGGAGAUGUGGAUGUGUCCCUUCCCAAGGUGGAAGGAGAUCUGAAAGGCCCCGAGCUCGACAUCAAGGGUCCCAAAGUGGACGUCAGUGUGCCAGAUGUGGACGUCCACGGGCCAGAUUGGAACCUGAAGAUGCCCAAAGUGAAGAUGCCCAAGUUCAGCAUGCCGGGGUUCAAGGGGGAGGGCCCGGAGGUGGAUGUGAACCUGCCCAAAGCAGACAUAGACAUCUCAGGCCCCAAGGUGGAUAUCGAGGCUCCUGAUGUGAAUAUCGAAGGGCCAGAAGGAAAGUGGAAAAGUCCCAAGUUUAAGAUGCCCGACCUACAUUUUAAAACUCCAAAAAUCUCAAUGCCAGAAAUUGACCUGAAUCUGAAGGGUCCCAAAGUAAAAGGAGACGUAGACGUUUCAGUCCCUAAGUUGGAAGGGGACAUCAAAGGCCCUGAAUUUGACAUCAAGGGUCCCAAAGUGGACGUCAGUGCCCCAGAUGUGGACGUCCACGGGCCUGACUGGAACCUGAAGAUGCCCAAGAUGAAGAUGCCCAAGUUCAGCAUGCCGGGGUUCAAGGGAGAGGGCCCGGAGGUGGACGUGAACCUGCCCAAAGCAGACAUCGACAUCUCAGGCCCCAAGGUGGACAUUGAGGCCCCUGAUGUGAAUCUAGAGGGCCCCGAGGGGAAGAUCAAGGGCCCCAAGUUCAAGAUGCCCGAGAUGAACAUCAAGGCCCCCAAGAUCUCCAUGCCCGACUUUGACUUGCAUCUGAAAGGCCCCAAAGUGAAGGGAGACGUGGAUGUUUCCCUGCCCAAAGUGGAAGGUGACCUAAAGGGCCCUGAGAUAGAUAUCAAAGGUCCCAAAGUAGACAUCAACGCCCCAGAUGUGGACGUCCAUGGGCCAGACUGGAACCUGAAGAUGCCCAAGGUGAAGAUGCCCAAGUUCAGCAUGCCGGGGUUCAAGGGCGAGGGCCCGGAGGUGGAUGUGAACCUGCCCAAAGCAGACAUCGACAUCUCAGGCCCCAAGGUGGAUAUUGAUGUUCCAGAUGUGGAUAUUGAAGGGCCAGAAGGGAAACUGAAGGGCCCCAAGUUCAAGAUGCCUGACAUGCACAUCAAGGCCCCCAAGAUCUCCAUGCCCAAUAUUGAUCUGAACCUGAAGGGGCCAAAGCUGAAGGGAGAUGUGGAUGUGUCCCUUCCCAAGGUGGAAGGAGACCUGAAAGGCCCCGAGCUUGACAUCAAGGGCCCCAAAGUGGACAUUGAUGUUCCGGAUGUGAAUAUUGAAGGUCCUGAAGGGAAACUGAAGGGCCCCAAGUUCAAGAUGCCCGACAUGCACAUCAAGGCCCCCAAGAUCUCCAUGCCUGACUUUGACUUGAACCUGAAAGGCCCUAAGCUGAAGGGAGAUGUGGAUGUUUCUCUUCCCAAGAUGGAGGGAGAUCUCAAAGGGCCUCAAGUGGAUCUCAAAGGUCCUGAGCUGGGCAUUGAGGGUCCUGAAGGGAAACUGAAAGGUCCUAAAUUCCACAUGCCUGAUGUGCAUUUCAAGACCCCCCAGAUUUCCAUGAGUGAAAUUGACUUGAACCUGAAGGGCCCCAAGAUGAAGGGAGACAUUGAUGUGUCUCUUCCCAAAAUGGAAGGGGAUCUGAAAGGGCCUCACGUGGAUAUCAAAGGCCCCAAAUUGGACAUAGAUACACCUGACCUUGACAUUCAUGGCCCAGAAGGAAAGCUGAAGGGCCCCAAAUUCAAAAUGCCUGACCUGCAUCUCAAGGCCCCCAAAAUCUCUAUGCCAGAUGUGGACCUGAACCUGAAGGGCCCCAAGCUCCAGGGGGAUGUGGAUGUGUCCCUUCCCAAGGUAGAGGGGGAUCUGAAAGGCCCCGAUCUUGACAUCAAGGGCCCCAAAGUGGACAUCAGCGCCCCAGAUGUGGAUGUCCACGGGCCAGACUGGAACCUGAAGAUGCCCAAGGUGAAGAUGCCCAAGUUCAGCAUGCCGGGGUUCAAGGGAGAGGGCCCGGAGGUGGACGUGAGCCUGCCCAAAGCAGACAUCGACAUCUCAGGCCCCAAAGUGGACAUCGAGGCUCCUGAUGUGAAUCUAGAGGGCCCCGAGGGGAAGAUCAAGGGCCCCAAGUUCAAGAUGCCUGAGAUGAACAUCAAGGCCCCCAAGAUCUCCAUGCCCGACUUUGACUUGCAUCUGAAAGGCCCCAAAGUGAAGGGAGAUGUGGAUGUUUCCCUGCCCAAAGUGGAAGGUGACCUAAAGGGCCCUGAGAUAGAUAUCAAAGGCCCCAAAGUGGACAUCGAUGUUCCAGAUGUGGACAUCCACGGGCCAGACUGGAACCUGAAGAUGCCCAAGGUGAAGAUGCCCAAGUUCAGCAUGCCGGGGUUCAAGGGGGAGGGCCCGGAGGUGGAUGUGAACCUGCCCAAAGCAGACAUCGACAUCUCAGGCCCCAAGGUGGACAUUGAUGUUCCAGAUGUGAACCUAGAGGGCCCCGAGGGGAAGAUCAAAGGCCCCAAGUUCAAGAUGCCCGAGAUGAACAUCAAGGCCCCCAAGAUCUCCAUGCCUGAUAUUGACUUGAAUUUGAAAGGUCCCAAAGUAAAGGGAGAUUUUGAUGUGUCCAUCCCUAAGGUUGAAGGUAAUCUGAAGGGUCCUGAAGUCGGCUUCGAGGGUCCCAGUUUGGAUCUCCAUGGCCCAGAUGCCAAAUUAAGUGGCCCAAACUUGAAAAUGCCAUCACUAGACAUUUCUGGGCCCAAAGUAUCUGCUCCAGAUGUCGACUUACACCUCAAGUCCCCCAAGUUUGGUGUAUCUGGUCCCAAGAUAGAAGGUGGGGAAUUGGACCUGAAGGGCCCCAAGGUGGAUUUGCAAGCACCCAGUUUGGAUAUCGAGGGCCCAGACCUGAACAUUGAGGGGCCGGAUGUGAAAAUUCCAAAAUUUAAGAAACCUAAAUUUGGCUUUGGGGCUAAAAGCCCAAAGGCUGACAUCAAAUCCCCUUCAUUAGAUGUCAACGUUCCAGAAGCAGAGCUGAAUGUCGAAACUCCAGAUGUCAGCGUCAGCGGGAAGGGCAAGAAAAUGAAGUUUAAAAUGCCCAAGAUCCAUAUGAGCGGCCCUAAGAUCAAGGCCAAAAAACAGGGAUUUGAUCUGAACGCCCCCGAGGGCGAAAUCGAUGCCAGUCUCAAAACCCCAGACUUGGAUGUCAAUGUGGCAGCCCCGGAUGCUUCUCUGAAAGUUGACGUGAAAUCUCCCAAAACCAAGAAGCCCAUGUUUGGGAAAAUGUACUUCCCCGAUGUGGAAUUUGAUAUCAAAUCUCCCAAAUUCAAAGCAGAGGCCCCCCUUCCUAGCCCCAAACUGGAAGGGGAAAUCCAAACAUCUGGCUUGGAAAUUUCAUCUCCAGGAAUCAAAGCUGGGCUCAAGGGGCCCGGGCUGGAGGUUGGGUCCGUCGGCCUCGGCGGGAGCCUCCCCAGUGCCACCGUGGAAGGGCCUGACGUCCAUCUGAAGGCGCCGAAGUUCAAGGGCCCAGGCGGGAGCGUCGAUUUCUCGGGGCCAAAGCUCGAGGGAGACCUGAAACUGCCCGGUGUUCAAGCCAACCUGGACGCCUCUGACAUCAACAUCGAAGUCCCCGGUGCUAAAAUCAAAGCCCCCUCCUUUGGCAUCUCAUCUCCUCAAGUGUCUGUCCCUGAUGUAAAUGUCAACUUGAAAGGACCAAAGAUAAAGGGGGAUGUCCCCAAAGUGGAUCUGGAAGGACCGGAUGUCGAUCUGAAGGGUCCAGAUGCAAAAAUCCAGUUCCCCAAGUUUUCCUUGCCCAAGAUCGGAGUCCCCGGAGUGAAGGUGGAGGGCGGAGGAGCCGAUUUUCACGGCCAGCUUCCCUCUCUCGAAGGAGGAGUGAGCGCCCCUAACCUCAAGCUCGAGGGGCCGGAUGUGACUCUGAAGGGGGGCCUGCCGUCCGUGAACCUCUCUGGGCCGGACCUUGACUUAAAUUUGAAGGGACCAAAGCUGAAGGGCGAUCUGGAUGUUUCCGGGGGUGUCGCGGGUCCCAAGCUGAGCGUGGACACCCCGGGCCUUGACCUCAAAGGAGCUGGUGGGAAAUUUUCGACGGAGGGAGGAGUGAAAGUCCCCGGCGUCAACCUCAAUUUAGACGCUCCAAAAAUGCACGUCAGUGUGCCGGAUGUGAGUCUGAAGGGAGACUUGGAUGUGGCCGGUGACAUCAAGGGCCCCAGAGUGUCGGUGGAGGCCCCCGCUGUCGGUUUGGAGGCACCCGGAGGGGCCAUCAAGCUCCCCCAGAUGAAGCUGCCCCAUUUUGGCAUCUCCUCCCCGGGGGCUCAUUUGGACCUUAAUGCCACAGGCCCGGAGCUGAAGGGCUCUGGGCUGGAUGUGCACCUCAGAGGUGUGGACCUGAAGGGGCCCCAGAUCUCGUCCGAGGGGGAUUUUAACUUGGAAGGACCAAAAAUAAAAGGGGGCUUUGGGGCCAGCGGGGACAUCAAGGGUCCUGCCGUGGGGGGGAGUCUUGGCGGCGUCCACGUCAAAGGCUUGGAAGGGGGUAUCCAGUUGCCCAGGUGUGAAGGCGAGCUGCCGACGGGGAAGCUCUCGGGUGCGGGCGUCGGCCUCCAGGGAGCGGCUCCGGAUGUGAGCCUCCAGGGUCCCGCGUUCAAGCUCUCAUCGCCCGAGAUCUCGGCGCCAGACUUGGGGGGCGUCAGCUUGAAGGGACCGAAGAUCCAAGGCGGUGUGGAUGUCUCCGGGGGCGUCCGGGCUCCGGAUUUCAGCGUCGGGGGCGGGCACGUGAACAUCAAAGGCGUGGGUGGGGAAUGGAAAGGCCCCCAGGUCUCCUCUGCGCUCGAGCUGGCUGGGGGGAUGCAUGUUUCAGGACCAAAGGUAGAAGGAGGCGUUAAGGGAGGCCAGGGGGGGCUUCAGGGCGUUCACUUGGAAGGUGGCUCUGGAAGAGUGACCUUCCCCAAGAUGAAGAUCCCCAAGUUUACCUCCUCAGAACGGGAGCUAGUGGCCAGAGAAGUAGGGGUGGAUGUGAACUUCCCUCGAAUGGAAGGCAGUGUCCAGGCCGGAGCUGGGGAAGGGGAGUGGGAGGAGGCAGACAUUAAACUCAAAAAGUCCAAAAUCAAGAUGCCCAAAUUUACCUUUUCCAAAGCCAAAGGCAAGGGGAGCGCCACGAGUUCCCCCGAGGUGUCCAUCUCCGGCUCUAAGGGAGACCUCAAGAGCUCUAAGGCCAGCCUGGGCUCCCUGGACGGGGAGGUCGAGGCAGAGGCGUCCUCCCCCAAAGGCAAAUUCUCCUUUUUUAAGAGCAAAAAGCCCCGCCACCGGUCGAGCUCCUUCAGUGAUGAGAGAGAGCAUUCUGCCCCGGUCACUCCUACGGGCACGCUCGAAUUCGGAAGCGGGGAAGUGUCCAUCGAGGGUGGGAAGGUCAAAGGAAAGCACGGCAAACUGAAGUUCGGCACCUUUGGGGGGCUGGGGUCAAAGAGUAAAGGUCACUAUGAGGUCACCGGGAGCGAUGAGGAGACGGGAAAGCUCCAGGGAAGCGGGGUGUCCCUGGCCUCCAAGAAGUCCAGGCUGUCUUCGUCAUCGAGUAAUGACAGCGGGCCGAAGGUGGGCGUCCAGCUGCCAGAGAUGGAGCUGACGGUUUCUAAAAAGUGAGAAGGGAAGCCCCUUUGUAUGUGUUCACGUGUAUAUAUAUAUAUAAAUAUAUAUUGACGGUAGAUAGGCUUCUGUGUGUUUGUAUAUAAACUUCCAAACAUCGAUUCGAGGUCAAAAUCAGCAAUAAAAAUGGAGGUCGGGCCGAUCCGGGGCCGAUCCGGGGUUCGGGGCGGAGAGUCGGGGCUGCGUGAUAACAACCGGAGUAGCUGGAUUGCUGUCGUCGGGGUCUUUUCCAGUCCGGCCUUUCUGCCAAAUAAGCCUUUUUUGCCUUCCUAAGUUCAGUUUGCUCAUUAAAUGCUGAGAGCAUCUGUUUACUAAGCAAGCCUUGUGUUUAUUAUUUUCAUUUUUACAGAAUCUUUUCAGUGUUGGGGUCGUAGAAAUCUGACGUCCAUUCGAUGCCUUUUUUUUGGGGGGGGUAGGCUUUUAUUUGCAAGGGAUGGGAGGGGGUGGGAGUAGGGGGUGGGAGAGGGUGGGGCAAGACUUCUAUUUUGGCCUCCAAGGAUGGCUGAUACUCCAAAAUUGUCCUGUCUAUCAGACAUACACCAGGAUGGCAGAGAGAAGUUUUUCCCAGGAAAAUUGGUUUUCUGUUUUGGUUUUUUUGGUGGGGAGGUGGCGAUGGUGCCUUUUAGCACAUCCGUCCCCCCCGGCUGGUAGUUCUGACCGGUUUUGGGUGCUCCUGGUGAGAGGGGGCUAGACUGCUUCUCAGCUGUUAGUGACUGACCCACUUGUCUGGGGUUUACAUACUUUGUACUAUAUGAGAUGUUUUUACCAGCGACUGCCACUUUUCCGAUAUUUGUCAUGGAUGCUUUUUAACCAAUGUUACCUGAUUAAGAAUCCAGCACUUUAAUGCCAAAUUAAUUCCGAAUGUAAGAAAAUUCAUGCUGUAAAAUGCAAAUAAAGCCGCUAACAAGUAA